AUGUCUCAGAAGGUCGUUGUUUACCUCUUCAUCACGCGUUUGAAUUUUUCUACCUUCACGCACAAACUCUCGCUUGAAUUACCCAGGCUCCUGGACGAGGCCGACUCUGGUGGCGUGGCUCUGCUCCGCAACAACCGUGUCACUGCCCUCGAUCCGGAUCAACAUCGCGUCACAUUAGCCAGCGGGCAGUCAGUCACAUACGAUUGCUGCCUCAUUGCCACAGGCUCAGGUCCCAAACGAAUUCCGGAACUGGAAUUGUGUUCCCUGACGGGUGUCGAUCUGACCAAACACGAACGUGUUACGUACUUCCGAAAUCUGCGUGAUUACAGCAAAUUACAAGCUAUAUCGGAUAAACUUCAUGCGUCUGGUGGAACCAUCGCCAUUAUUGGUGGGGGACCCCUUGGUUCGGAGUUGGCAGUCAGCAUUGCAGGUGAAGCAAAAGGCCCAGGCGGAGCUAAGGUCACCACCUCGGACAAAUUUUCCGUCCUCCACUUUGUUCACGAAAGCGCUCCCCUGCGAAAACUGCUGCCGCCCUCUCUCGCCCCCUCG